CUCUUAUUUCAUCACACUUUACAUCACUUUUGUGGGAGUGCCGAGUUCAGGGCACAGGUCUGUGAAGAUAAUCGAAGAUGUCGUCUAAGAUGCAAAGCUCUAAUAAUAUAGCCCAGGCCAGAAGGACUGUUCAACAGCUACGGGUAGAAGCUAACAUAGAGAGAAUAAAGGUGUCUAAAGCUUCUGCAGACCUCAUGCAUUACUGCAGUGAACAUGCCAAGUAUGAUCCUCUUCUAAUGGGCAUCCCAGCUUCAGAAAACCCUUUUAAAGAUAAAAAGCCCUGCACGAUAUUGUAGUGGGAUGCUUGAACUCUUGAUGUAUGUUUUGAUGUUCCCUUUUAUUUUAUUUUUUAAUAGAAAGAAUAUGAUCUUCAAACAUUCAUUCACUAUUCGCCUUAAAAUGAGCUAAACCCCAAGCUAUUAUUUGUAUCCACACUAGAAAUGUUCCUGUUGUCUAUGAAAAGGAGAGUCAAAGCUCCUAGUAAACAAAUCAUUUGUGGUGCAAAGACAAAACCAACCUAUGAAUGAAUUUUUCACUUUAGGGCACAGCACAGAUGAGUUAUUUGCAUUGUGAUAGUGUCUACUGAUGUGGUUGUGUCUUCUGCAAAUAAAUUGUGAGGUCAGAGUGGGCAGCUCUCAGUCGUGCUGGUAUCAUGAAGCACAGGAAACGAUUAUUUUUAAUGACUGCACUCUUUCAUAUAUAUCUGCAGAUAAGCAGAGCCUCAUCAGCGGUGCUUUGACCCCAUCUGAUGCUUUUAAAGGCGUCCAGUCACAGGGAGAUGUGGGGGGAUUGAUGUGAGGGCUGUAAUGUCAGCUUCACGAAUGUGUGAAGGGUGCUUGUGCUCAGUGGAGGAGGAAACAGGUGUCUUUGGAGGCGUCACAUUGACGUAAUGCUACUCCGGCCCUCCCUCAUUAACUCACUGUGUCUGAACAAUGGAGUGAUACAAAGCUAACCCCUCCUGUCAAAUCACUACACGCUAGACUGUGCCCUUUUUAUUUUCUCGCAGUAAACCAGGUGA